GUGAGAAAAGCCCGGCCCAAUACCACCACCAUCUCACCAUACACACAGAUAUACACACGCAUCGCAGUCCAGCAGAUACACCAAUACACCAUAGAACAAUCACUGAAAUCAAAAAAUCAAAGAAAUCAGUCUAUAGAGGAGGAAAUCAAUGAGAGAAAAUAAAGCAGCAAAGAAGGAGACAAAGCAGUAGAGAAGCAGGGGAGUUGGACUAACGAGAAGAAGGAGCCGCCGGAAAGAAGAAGAGUAGAGGUGGCCGCCGUUCGUCGAUUGGGGCUCCAAACCAUCUCUCCUCAUUUGGGGCUUUUACAAUUGUUCACGUUAGGUUUCUUCAAAUCUCGAAGAAAGAGUGGUGUGAGACUGAUUUGGAAUUGUAUGUAAAAGGAAUGGCUAAAAUCAGAGAUAGAACAGAAGACUUUAAAGAUGCCGUCCACAGGGUAGCUUUAUCCUUGGAGUAUGAUGAGCCAAAAAUGGCAGCUGUAAUGGCAACUUUCAUUAUGCACAAGCCUCGGCAAAGAUCACCUUUUAUCAAAGCUGCACUGAAGACGCUUGAGAGCAUUGGAGAAUUACAGCAGUUCUUGAUGAAACAUAAGAAGGACUAUGUUGAUAUGCACCGUACCACUGAGCAGGAAAGAGAUUCUAUUGAGCAUGAAGUUACAAUUUUUAUCAAAGAAUGCAAAGAACAGAUAGACGUACUCAGAGCUGGCAUUAGUAAUGAUGAAGCAAAUUCAAAGGGGUGGCUGGGUAUUAGGGGUGAUAGCUCAAAUACUGAUACUGUAGCUCACAAACAUGGUGUGGUGUUGAUAUUAAGUGAACGACUUCAUGUUGUGACUUCACAAUUCGACCAGCUGAGAGCCUUUCGCUUCCAAGAUACUAUUAACCGAGCUAUGCCAAGACGGAAAGUUAAAAAGGUUGCUCCAACAGAUACCACAAACAGUAUGAAGCAUAACGACUAUCAGGGGAGGGGGCAUAUCAAUUCAGAUGUCGCAGAGCCUAGUGAAAUCCAAGCAGAGCCUAAGAGAAUCCAGCAGCAACUUUUGGAUGAUGAAACACGAGCACUGCAGGUCGAACUAUCCGGUCUUUUAGAUGCUGCUCAACAAACCGAAACUAAAAUGGUAGAAAUGUCUGCACUGAAUCACCUAAUGUCCACACAUGUGUUGCAGCAGGCACAACAGAUAGAGCUUUUGUAUGAUCAGGCAGUUGAAGCAACAAAAAAUGUAGAGCUUGGCAACAAAGAACUCUCCAAAGCCAUACAACGGAAUUCAAGUAGCAGAACGUUUCUUUUGCUCUUCCUAUUUGUUCUCACAUUUUCAGUCCUUUUCUUAGAUUGGUAUAGUUAGAAAAAGGGAAAUCUGAGUCUUAAGUUAAGGCGACAAGUAACCUUGAACAAUAUACGGUUUUUGUUUUGUAUAUUUUUGCCUUUACACAUUUCUUGAGAUAUGAAAAACAAGUAUGCACAUGUAAAGUGUUUCAUACAUGACACAUUUCUUGGUAUAGUUGUGUUUCAUACAA